AUGAACACUGAGACCAAAUCGGCUGAAGUCACAGUAGGUGGCGAUUCGCCAGGUCAUAAAGGGGAUGCCGAUGGUUUGGUGGAACCCUCUCAACAAGGAGAGCAGACAUCGCUGCUACGAAGACUUCUUUUCCCUUCGAGCAGGGCCGACAACCCGGACGCAAUCGCGACCGUUCGAAGCGUUUUUGACGAUCCGUUGCUUGCCAAAUACUACCAACCACAUCCCGAGUACGAAAACUUUGCCCACUUUGACCCUAGUGUCAGGUGGACCUACCGCGAGGAAACCGCAGUCCGACGCAAAACCGAUUGGAAGGUGCUUUUGUGGAUCUUGGUGAUGUUCUUCGGGCUGAAUCUUGAUCGAGGAAAUUUGUCCAACGCUGCCGCAGAUAAUCUCCUCGAUGAUUUGCACCUCACCACCAACGAUUACAACAAUGCGCAAAACAUGUAUCGGAUUGGAUUCCUCAUUGCCGAAAUCCCGUCCCAAAUGAUCGGCAAACGACUUGGUCCCGACCGCUGGAUACCAAUCCAGAUCAUUCUGUGGAGUUUAGCAUCCGGUGGUCAAUUCUUCAUGCAGAACCGGGCUGGUUUCUUUGCGUGUCGCUUCUUUAUUGGUCUAUUCAUGGGUGGAUUCAUUCCUGACUCCAUCCUUUACUUAUCCUAUUUCUACACCAAGUCAGAGAUGCCAUUCCGGCUCGCACUGUUCUGGUUCGUCGACUCUAUGUCUGGAGUGAUUGCCUCUUUUAUUGCAUACGGCGUCCUGCACAUGAGAGGCGUUGACGGCCGGGAAGGGUGGAGAUGGCUUUUUCUCAUUGAGGCACUUAUCAGCAUUGUUAUCGGCUUCUUGAGCUUUCUCUUCCUUGUGCCUGGCCCUACACAAACUAAGACAUGGUGGAAUCCGAAGGGGUACUUCUCAGAAAAGGAAGAGAGGAUCAUUGUUAAUCGUGUGCUUCGGGAUGACCCGUCCAAGGGGGAUAUGCAUAACCGCCAAGGGCUGUCACUGAAAAUGCUCUGGCAGAGUCUGAAAGACUAUGAUCUUUGGCCCAUAUAUGCAAUUGGUUUAUUGUUCGAAAUUCCAACAGCGCCACCGAAGACAUACCUUACACUCUCACUGAAGGCCAUCGGGUUUAGCACAUUCCAGACCACGUUACUCUCGAUUCCGGUGACUGUUUUCGCGUCCAUCAAUCUUCUCCUUGUCACGGAGCUGACGGAGCGGUUCCAUCAAAUCUCUAUCAUUGGUCUCUUUACUCAACUAUGGUCUCUGCCAUUGCUUAUCGUUCUAUACACCUCUUCCGGAGCUUUAUCUAAUUGGGGCUUGUAUGCGGUAACAUUUGUCUUACUCGGUUGGCCCUCGCCACAUGCGGCACACGUUGGGUGGUGUUCACGUUUGAGCAAUACGGUUCGAACCCGGACCGUGAGUGCUGCAUUAUACAACAUCACCAUCCAACUUUCGGGUAUCGCAUCAUCAAAUAUAUAUCGCGCCGAUGACAAACCCCUCUACCGACGUGGUAAUAAACAGCUUAUCGCCAUCAAUGUUGCUACUGUUGUGUUGUAUGCUCUGGCAAAAGCGUACUACGUGCGCAGGAAUCAAUGGAAAAAGGCUCACUGGGAAAAGCUGAGCCCUGAGGAAAAGGCUGCUUAUUUGGAGACUACCACCGAUCGAGGCAAUAAACGAUUGGACUUUUUAUUUGAUCACUAG